UGUAUUAUGUCCAGUUUCCUCGUUGAAGAUGCACGUAAUUGGGAUUUUAUUUCUCUUUAUACUUUUGCAUGGGAAUGCAACGUUUUCCUGGAUGCCAAUCUUAGAUGAUACCGAGAUAUUAAAAUCUGCAACCGCAUCAUCUAUAGCAAAUAAUGCGACGACGUCCGCCCCUCCAAUACAGUGCAAAACGGCGAGAAGCAUAACGGGUUUGUGUGUUAUACGGCAGCGUUGCGACUUCGGCUCUGGGAGUACAGAUUUUACUUUGUACGCGCCACGAUGGUACAAAAAACCAUGUAAAGUAGAAGAAGUAUGCUGCCCUUACCAGUACGUCAUGGUGCAGAGUCAACCGGAAGCACCUAGCGCUUCCGAUGAUAACUUUGACCUUGACGACGAUUAUUAGAUGUGAUUGGCCCAAAAUGACAAAAUAUAUUAACAGUCGAAGCGUGGCAGGGUACAACCGGUUGCAAAUAAAAUUGAAACGAUCUAGCUGGUGUAGACCCCUGGUGUUUUUGACAAGACAUGGUGAUUUGCAUGAAUUUGUGAGGUUUUAUGAAUGUCACGUCACCGCACAAAGGCCUACUGAAAAUAAAAUA